AUGGCUUCACCUAAUGGUUUUUUUAACCACUUAACCUAUUUUCUGGCUGCUGGUGCUGUUACUUUGGGAAUUGGUUUCUUUGCUUUGGCAUCAGCUUUGUGGUUCCUGAUUUGCAAACGAAGAGAAAUAUUUCAAGAUUCCAAAUUUAAAACAAUUGAUGAGAGAUGCAGACAAAGACCAUCAAAGGCAAAGAUUAAAUCUCAUUCUCAGUGUGUUUUUAUUUCUCAAAAUUUUCAUACUGGAAAUUUCCAAUUACAGGAGGAGCAAAGAAAAAUGGAAACAGCACAUAAAAAAGCAAUUAAAGAUUAUUCUAAAGAUGAAUUCUGCCUUGCAACAAAAAAGGUCAUUUGUGACCCCUCAGAGACUAGCUCGGCAACAAAUCCCGGCAGUGUUACCUUAAGCUUAUCAACGUUACCAUCUGAUUCUUAUUACAGCCAAAGUAUAGAAGUAGCUGAUGACUGGUUUUCUGAUGAUUCCCUAGUGAAAAAGAGCCCUCCAAUGCCUUUUCUCAGGGAGCCUGUAAUGGAGAAAGUAUUUUCAUACUUGUCAACCAUUCCAUUAGAAGAAUGUACUGGAAAUGUACUAAAUAUGACACUUUAUGAUGAUCAAAAAGAUGACAACAUUAAGGGAAUAUUUACACGAAGAAAUACAGAGGUUGAAAUACAAAACCUUCAACAUAAUAUUGAAUGACUUUUUUCUUUUGAAACUUUGUGUACACUGAAAUCAUGUAAAGUUAAAACGAAUUACCAGCUUCUGAGUCUCUUAACGUG